UAAGGUCUUUGGUCAAGAGAGAAGAGAGGUCGAGUCAAAAACUCAAAAUGGCGAUUUUAAUGUUUAUUUGAACACUGAUUCAUAUUUUAUUUCCGAUUUAGUUUGAAAUGUUUUUGUACAAUUAUUUCAUAAAUACACUCAUCAUUAACUUAUAUAUUUGAAAAAAAUCACAACAUUUUAAAAAAAUACUCUGGCACAGACUUGUUGGAAUAUGGAUAUCGAAUGUGGUGGAUUUUACUUCGUGUCCGAUUUUGAUUCGGGAAAUUUGGCUAGAGUGGAGCAAGUUACUCUAAAAGAGAAGACCGCAACAUCAAGUCCAGAUACACCUGAUUUUGAGUUCAAUAUUUGGACUUACCCAGAUUGUGCCGGAACGGAAUUUGAGAACGGGAAUAGAACAUGGUUUCACUUUGGAAUAAGAGGUGGACCUCCAUUCGCUUUGGUUAAACUGAAUAUUGUGAACUUGAAUCGCCAGAGUAAAAUGUACAGUCAAGGCAUGGCGCCUGUUUUUCGAACUUCGCUCAAUCCUCGCAACCAAUGGGAAAGGGUUAGGGAUAAACCUACUUUCAGCACUGAUGAUAAUGUGUUCACACUGAGUUUCAAGUUUCGAACAUUGGAAAAUGCUCGAGCUGUUACCUAUUUUGCAUUUACUUACCCUUAUUCGUAUCUUGAGCUACAAAACAAUCUGGAUGCUAUUGACCUAAAAAUAUCGAAGCUCUCCGAAACAUCAUCAAAAGCAGAACCAAAACCAGAUGAUAUCUACUAUCAUCGUGAAACAGUAUGCCACUCUUUGGAAGGCCGAAAAAUCGAUCUGUUGACAAUAUCUUCGUAUCAUGGUAUAUCGGACACUAGGGAACCAAAACUUCCUAACUUAUUUCCUGAUGCGAAUGCACUUCGGCCGUUCCAGUUUCCUGACAAAAAGGUGGUUUUCCUGAGCGCCCGUGUCCAUCCGGGAGAGACGCCGAGCAGCUUUGUUGUGAACGGCGUCCUGCACACGCUGCUGAACAAGGACUGUGCGAUCGGCAUUGCGUUGCGUCGCACCUACGUCUUCAAACUGAUUCCGAUGCUAAACCCGGACGGCGUGGCCCGGGGUCACUACCGCACCGACACCAGGGGCGUCAACCUCAACCGCGUCUACAACAAUCCCUCACCCACGCUCCAUCCCGCUGUCUAUGCAGCCAGAUCUUUGAUCAGAUUCUACCACCAUAGAGCAGUGACACCUGAUGAGGCCGAAUUCGAUCAGCGAUUUGGUGAAGGAAAAAUGGUACAAAUCUCCGAUCGCGUUUCUGGUCUGAGUUUAGAAAGAGAGGGGAUGCAGCCCCCUCCGCCGACUGCCUCCUUCCCCCUUCGCCCACCUCGCCGCCAUUGUCCGAUGACCUCUCCAACAACAGCGACUUCCUCGAGAUAUCCAGCAAUAUCAACGAGUUGGAAGACAGCUCCUCUGGACAGAGCGGUCAUUCAACUAAGAUCAAGUUUCUUCUCUAGUCCAGAAGUGGAGCGGCAUAGGCUGAUUUUGGAUGAUGGCUUUGAAAAAGAAAAUGACCCUGUUCUGCCAAGUGAGUGUCGCAUACUCAACACACAAGCCUUCUACACCAAACCUGCUGAUUCUGGAUUAUUUUUAUACGUAGACUUUCAUGGGCAUGCAUCUAAAAAAGGAAUAUUCAUGUAUGGAAAUCACUUUGGGAAUACUCACGACAAUGUUGAUUGUAUGUUACUUCCGAAACUUAUGUCUAUCAACAAUCAGAAUUUCCAUUUUGACUCUUGCAACUUCACUGAACGAAACAUGUAUAUAAGAGAUAAGCAGGGAGGACUGACUCGCGAAGGCUCGGGCAGGGUGGCAGUGCUGAAGGCGACCGGCCUCAUCCGCAGCUACACUCUCGAGUGUAAUUACAACACCGGUCGGCUCGUCAACAUCCUGCCGCCGCCUGCUCGUGUCGAAAACUUGAAGCGAAGAAAUAAUCUCUUACUUGUUCCGCCCAAAUAUACGCCUGUCAUAUUCGAAGAGGUUGGCCGAGCUCUAUGCAGUUCAAUAUUGGACCUGACAGGAUCAAACCCUCACUCGCGCCUAGCCAACUCCGACUUCCGCAACCUGAGCGGGGUGAGGGAGGCGCUCAAAACGCACCAAUUGUCUGCCGAUCAGGGACCAAUGCAGCGAGCCGCAAUCAAACUGAAGAAUACCCAGGCGCAGGUGAAGACAACGCAGGUGGGUGGAGGAGCGGCGAAAGAGCCGACGGCGAUGCGAGUGCACCGGCUGGCGCCCCUGGCACAGGAGGCCAAGUCCAACCGGCUGGCGCCCCUGGCACUGGAGGCUAAGUCCAACAGCGCCGGCAGCAGUAGCAACCAGCAGCGCCCUUCCAGCUCCGGCGCCCCUGUACUACAGAUGCGAUCCAAAUGCUCAGCUGUCAACGCCUUGGCAGGCACCUCAGCGCGCCCCGCCACCUUCCGCAAGGUCAAGUUAUCCCGAGACGACAUCGCCGUCAAGAAAGGCACGAAACGUAUCAAGAUAUCAGCCGCCCCCGACGAACAGAAGCCGAAAGACUGGAACCGCGUGCUGCCUCCGCCUCCGCCGCCCCCGGCUGACGAUGUUAUGCUCUCGUGGCGCAGUGCCACCGGCCGCCGCCCCUUGGAGAAGAAGAAUGGCGCCGACUCAGUCAGGCGACAUUUGGCGCCCGACCAGCGCCGCAAAAAACCCAAAUCCAAAUAAGUUGCUAUUGUGAGAUUCACUUUAUACUGUCACCAGUUUUGUGAAUGAGAAGUGUGGGUGUUUUUAUCUUGAAUGCUGACAGAGAAGUGAAUCUUUCCAUAACAACCAUACUAGAAUUAAUGAAACUUGUUUAUUCGAAUUGCUGAAAAAGUAUAGUUUUUAACUCAAUUCAUCAUUACACUAGACAACAAACUUUUGUUGAAUCUAGAGGUGCGUAUAGAUUUGAGCACGCGCAUUUCACUUUUCAUCAAUUAUUAUACUAUGCUUAUUAUAUUUGUAUUUUACAAAAAUACAGAUACAGGUAUAAUAAGCAUGGCAUUAGCUGAUGAAAAGUGAAAUGCUGUGUUCGUGACGCCUACGUCUGUACGCACCUUGUCACAGUUACUGAGCACUUUCUUCGGCUGUUCCAAUACCCAAGUAUCAUUAGUUUGAGUGUACACACAUACUACAUAACAGUUCAGUAAUCUACAUAUAAUCGACGUAUUAUGUGUAGCCAUAGUAAAGCCACUUACACACACAUCGAUUUUGUUCGAACGAUAUUUUGCCGUCCUUAUGAAUUCUAGCAGAUUGAACGGAACUUGACAAACAUCAUCUGUUUGACAUCAUCUUUUUUAUCUAAUAGAAUUUAUAAGGACGGCAAUAAAACUUGAGGACUGUAUUUAUGAACGUUGCUUAGUCAAAAGUGCAACUAUGUUUCUUGGUAACUAAUUACUAAGGCAACUAAGGUCAUAAGUCAACAGUGCUAUUUAAAACAAUAAUUGACUGCCGUUUGCAGUAAAACUAAAUUGAAAUCUACUAGUUUCAAAGUGAAAUCAAUUGUAUAGCCCAUCUGGUAUAAAACCAUUGAAUUGUACACACAAGUACAAUAAAUAAUUCUAUGUAUAAAACACUUGCAACUAACUUGGUGCGACGCAUCUGCAACGGUGGAUCCUCGGUUGUAUACAAUUCGUUUCAAAUUGAAACUGGUUGCAUCAUAACUGGUGUCUAUUCAUUUGUUUUUUUUUUUUGUGGAGGGUUGACGAUUAUUGUUUUAAAAUAUUUGCACUGGCGAUGGACAUCCUAUAAGUCGACUAAGCACCGUUCUUGAAUAUGGCCCUGAAUUUUUCAUAUUGGUUGGUUGUAUCGGAAAUUAUAUUUGAUAUUCCACUCAAAAAUUAUUGAUACAUGUCUUUGUAAAGAAUACAAAAAUGCAAACACUAUACAAAAUCGUUCGUUUUUCAAAAUAAACGUUGUACAUAAAAUAAUAAUUGAUAUCGUGCUUGCACACAUCUACAACCAAAUUCUUAACACAUCUAAAAACGAAAUAUGGCUCACAAUAUCUUGUGAGUGGUUAUAAAAUUGUAAACACCAUACUGAAUUGUUAUUUUUUCAAAUUGAACCUUGAAUUAAAUUUAUAUACUGUGCUUGCAAUCUCAUUAAAAAUUUAUACCUUGUUAGAAAAUAAUAUUGUAAAAUUAUAUUGUUUGGUAGCUACCUUCUAUUGGUUACUUUAUUUUAAUUAGCUUGAUAUUAUGUGAUAAUGCUAGCUGUGAUCAGUAUUAGACAGAGAUUGAUUACUAAAUUUAUCGCUUGUUGAACAUUUGCAAAUUCUAAUUCUAUAUUAUUAUUGAUUCGAUAUAAGUUAUAGUGCUCAAAUUCAUCACUAUCAUGAUGGACCAAAAGCUAUUGGCAAAGUACAAAGUUUAAUUUUCAGUUACUAGAAAUAUAUGAUCUCUUAUUGGUUCUAUCAGUUGGGGAGUUCAUUUAUAAAUACACGGCUUCUUACAUAUUCUCUAACUUUAGGUUAUUUCUAAGGAUAGUAGUAAUCACUUAUAUUAACCUUACCGUAGUGCUAUAGCAAACGAUUGAUGGGGCUUCUUUUAUUUAUAGUUGUAUACCUUUAGCACUAUUUAUGUGAUUGAUACAAGGUACUUACAGGCAUAAAGCCUUACAAAUUUGAAUGUGAUUAGUUAUUUACUGAAUUUUUAUUAUAUUGAUACAUAUCUUUAGCCAAUUUUACACUACCUGUUUUAAGAUUUUAUUGAUUUCUGUCACAAAUUAUUAUCCUGGGCGAUUCCGCAAUUAAUUUUCAUUUAUUUAUUGGAUAGAGCAAACAAAUACAAUAUUCAGAGAAGAAAGAACAGGCAGUUACCUAAAACGUUCUCUAUUUCCUAAAUUUUUCUCAAAUACCGGUACUCCAAGUAUUAUAGCCUAUGUAUCAUAUAAUAAAAUAUUUAUUUUUUAUAAUUAAAUAUCAUUUUCCAUAAUUUGUGGCACUCUGACUUUCAAUGCUCUGACUAUUUAUUGCUUGAAAGUUUCUAAAUAAUUAAGUACGGUAAUAUUAAUUGAAAUUCUCAUACUUGAUGUAUUUCUCCCAGUCCACUGGUUUUGAUGAUUUAAAGUCCUUCAUUUAUUAUCGUUAUAUCAACGCCAUAAGAAUGCGACGUUAUGAAUAAUGAAGAAAAUUCCAAACCACUGAAAUUAUGUGUCAUAUCUCAUAAAUUUUUAUAGGAAGUCUGUUUAUAGUGUGAAUAGUAGCCUAUGUAUAUUUUAAUCAAAAAAUCCAAUAAGAAUAAAGCUUCAGAAGGGAAAUAUUCAGGCUAUGAUCACAUUCAUCUUAUCGACUUAUGAAUGCGAGUUCAUAAUCCAAAAUGUUACAUUGAAUUGCACUGAAAAUGAUAUUAAUUGAAAUAAUUGUAUACUUUAAAACCUAGUUGAAUGAAAGAUUCUUUGUAAUGAGAAAGAGAAAACAAAAUUCAACUUGACUUAUAUUUGAACCAUUCUGAAUAUGAUUGAGAAUCAUAUUUAAUUGGUAUUUUAAAAUAUAGUCUAGAUAUAAUUAUAUAUUUUUUGAAUCCGUGCAUAUUGAGCCGCGUUUACACCAGAGUUGUCAACAAAUUUCGGCAAUUUGUUGCCAAUUUGUUAAAAAGCACAGCUAAAUUUUAAGUUACUUGUUUUCUAUAGAAAGAACUUGACAAUUUUUUCGAAGAAAAAUAUUUGUGACCAACAUUUUAUUGAUAACUUUGGUAUAAAUGUGACUUGAGACAAGACAUUUUUGGGUUUUCUGUAACGUAUUUUUUUAUUUGUGAAUUUGUAAUAAUGCCAUAACUAUGCCCUUUGCCGUACUACUUAUUAUGAUCUACAUCAGCUAAGACAGUGGGCCUAUUUAGUUGUUUGUUGUGAGAACUUUAAUUAGUUCAAUUUAAUAUUGACUAUAGGCUGAUUGGUCGUUUCUUCUUGAGAACUGAAUGUCGAUUAUUAUGUAGGUGUGUGUAUCUAUGCCAUUCAUAAGAGAUGCUACUACAUUCAAUACUUUAAACUGCACUAGAGCGAAACUCAAAAAUCUGUGCCUUGUGCUUUUCUUCCAUAUUAUUUUGAUCAACAUUCAGACAAUAUACAUGUAACUAGUUUUUCCUAUUUGCUCCAAGCAUAGAAAGUUUAUGUCGUGUUUUGAGAAAAAAAAUUAUUUAGAUUUUAUAUAACUGCUUUUAAAAAAACGAGUUGAUUGAUAUUAUAUACUGUACCGUAAUUCUAAUUAUUGAAAAAUUGAGGAAGCUUUAAUAGUUAAGGUAGAUUUGUUUAAUGUCUAUGAUUCAAUUUUUACCGUGCUCUUAAAAUCUUGAAAUAGUGAAGAUAGUAUGUAAUCCUAUUGUAUUAUUUCAGUAAAUAAAGAAUGCAUUUUAUGUGA